AGUUCAUCUCCCACACACUGAUAUAGAUCCUGUAAUCACGGUGAUGAGGCCCGACUAAGGCAGUAACUGCCUGGCCGUUGCUCACCACCCUACUUACCCUCUUAGAUACCUUCAUGCUCGUACGGAAACAAUGCGGAUAGGCUCCAGCCUUAGUUUUGUAUCCAGGCAUCAAAGUUCCCACAUUCUAGGAAUUAUUUAACUCAAUCUUGCGCAGAUAGAACGAAAAUUAAGACAGACACGAUCCAUCCCAAUACACGUACACUACAUCAACGACAACUGCCACAAUGUCUUCCACUCGAACGAAUGCCAAAGAAAAGCCUUUGGAGCAUACAUCUGCCCCUACUAACUCCUUCGUAUCAACGCUGAUACCUGACUCAGUCAGAGAAGCCAACAUUCGGAUGGACAAAAUGAGCGAAGCGAUCGCAAAAUCUAUUGCCAAAACCGAACAGCGGCAGGAUCAAUUGGACGCUAGACUGAGCAAUAUGGAGCCAUUGAUGGAGGAGAUGGCGAAUAUAGGUAAAAAACUGGCAACCAGAAUGAAGCAACGGGAGAAUAACUUGGAAAUGGAGCCAAAACAACAACCGAAAACAUCAUCGUUAGUAACGUCGUUAGCACUAACGGUCAUAAAAGCAAAUGAUCCGGAUCCCCGGGCAUUUUUCGAGGCACCGCUCAACUCUCCACCACCACACGUUGCUCGGAGGCUAGCUGACGGCAGGUUCAACCUCGACAUCCCGUAUCUUGAACUUUUAGCACGCACUCCCCAAGAAAGAUACGUGAUGACGGCGUGGCCGAGCGUGGCGCUACCCGCCCGAGUUGAGAAGUUCCAAGGUUCAUGCCAGGAUACAAACAGAGUCGAGAUACCCGCCAAACUCAGACUGCUUUGGGCCGACGAUACAGCGCUCGACAAGCUUGAUGAGAUCCAGAGAGUAUUGCAACGAGCUCUCGUCCCUUACAAUCGCUGGCCGAUGCGCGUAGCGUUGGAGAUGGAGGCGGACUUUAAAACAAUAGCUAUGUUUAUACAGAAUUGGAACCCGGACUGGGUUACGGUUGUAGAGGCUAUACUGCAAGUCCUAGCUAACCAUCACGUCAUUCCCCUUCGCCAUCCCGUCAUGGAAGGCAUGUAGUUGUACGGGUAGCAGUUUGAGUCCUAACUAGUCCUUAUCAUUAGUGAUGAUCAGAAUAGAGAACUGCCGCGCCAAUACUAUCCCCUUGCUUUCUAAUGUAGUGAAGUGACUUCCGCAAAAUUCUUGUUAUAGUAAAAAGGAGGUAUGUUUCGCUUAUAAAGAAUAUAAUUUUUAAUCCCCUAAGACAAGGAGAAACUUUGUAAGAAGGGUUCAGAGGUACCAAGGUAGAGAUUCUAAUAAGUUGGAUGACGUAGAUGUA